AGCGGGCGGGGGGCGGCGGGCAGUGCGAGCGGGGCGGCUGCCGCAGCCCCCCGUGUUCCGGCCUGGCCAUGGAUUUCCACAACAUUCUCGUGAUGGCCUCGGAGCAGCAGGGGCUGAACGCGGUGCCGAAAAGGUACAGUUUGGCUGUUGGUCCUCCCAAAAAAGUUCCCAAAGUCAAAGGUGUAGAGUCUGCAGCAGUGCAGGCAUUUCUCAGACGGCAAGAAGAAGAAAAGAGAAAAAAAGCACUGGAAGAAAGAAGGAAGAAAGAGCAGCUCUUGGCGAGGCGCAUUGAACUGAAACAUGACAGAAAGGCAAGAGCUAUGGCCUCACGAACCAAGGAUAACUUUUAUGGUUAUAAUGGUGUUCCUGUUGAAGAGAAGUCUAAAAAGAGGAGGGCUUGUGAGAAUGUUGCUCAAGCUCCAGAGGCUGAGUAUGCAACAGAAGAUGAAACUGAGCAACUUGAAUACAGUCAGACGGAAUCUGAGCACGAGCAAGAAGAAUAUGAAGAGAAACCAUCCAAAGCUGCAGUGAAACCAAAGGCACCUCCCAAAAGUGCACCUGCACCUCUGAACUUUGCAGAGCUCUUGAGGCUUGCUGAAAAGAAACAGUAUGAACCAGUGGAAAUAAAACCAGUGAAAAAGGUUGAAGAGAGGCCCAGAACAGCAGAAGAAUUGAGAGAGAGGGAGUUUUUGGGACGCAAAAACAAAAAAGUAGAAAUGCAUAAGAAAAGUGAGAAAGAGAUUAAGCCUACAGGGAUAUCUAGUUCUUCAAAAAAACUGUCUUCUCAAAAAGCAUCUGUAAACACAAAACUUAAUAAAAGCUCUGCAGAUAAACAUUCCACAUCUAAAAGCAGUCUAUCUGUUUCUAUGGGUAGUGUUGAUAAGAAAUCCAAAGCACCAGCAUUGACUGAAAAACAUCCACGGUCAUCAUCUUCUUCCAGACUUGAUCAAAUGGAAAAAGCCUCACAAAAUGGUUCCUUAAAAAGCUCUACUGGUAGCAGUCAUAAUAAAUUACCUGUCAAUGGUAUUAGAAAGUCCGGCUCAAGCUCUCAGGUGCCACCCUCAAAACCCAUGGCCAAUGGGGCUCAGAGAAUGCCAUCUGUGAAAGAAUCCAGCCUGAAAAAGCCUGCCCAUGGAAAACCAGGAAAACCUGCAGCUCUUCAACCUGGAAUCAACUCCAAUGCAAAGCGAUCCGGCAGCAGCUUAGGAAAAGGAGGACCUGGGCAUCCCGGUGGUGGUUCAGGUGCAGGACCGGGACGAUCAAGCAGCAAUUCUGGCGUGGGACCGGGAAGGCCAGGAAGUGCUUUAAGCUCAGGACCUGGGAGGCCUGGCAGCAGCUCAGCCACAGGACCUGGGAGGCCUGGCAGCAGCUCAAGCACAGGACCUGGGCGACCGGGAGGUGGCUCAGGCGUGGGACUGGGAAGGCCGACGGGCGGCUCGAGCACGGCACCUGGGCGCCCGGGCAGCAGCUCAGGCGUGGGACUGAAGCGCCCGGGCGGCAGCUUGGCCGCUGGGCCGGGAAGGCCGGGCAGUGGCACAAACGUAGGACCGGGGCGAGCGGGCAGCAGCCUGGGAACAGGACCAGGAAGGCCAGGAAUCAGUCCAAGCACAGGAGCCAGGCAGCCAGGCAGCAACUUGGGCACUGGCCCAGGGAGGCCGGGCAUCAGCACAAGCGCAGCAGCUGCGCGACCAGGCGGCGGCCCGGGCGCAGCUGGGAAACCCAAGUGCACUGUGGUGUCAGAAACCAUUUCUUCUAAAAACCUCGUCACGAGACCUAGCAAUGGACAGAUGAAUGGAAUGAGACCUUUUCCAGGGCAUAGACCUGUGCUGCAUCCACAAGGUCUUGGAAGACCACCUAUUAGUUACAAGAGACAAAUAGAUGAUGAUGAUGAUGAUGAAUAUGACUCUGAAAUGGAUGACUUCAUUGAAGAUGAAGGGGAAUCUCAAGAAGAAAUAUCAAAACAUAUUCGGGAAAUAUUUGGCUAUGACCGGAAAAGGUACAAAGAUGAAAGUGAUUAUGCCUUACGUUAUAUGGAGAGCAGCUGGAGAGAGCAACAGAAAGAAGAAGCUAGGAGCUUGAGACUCGGUGUUCAGGAAGACUUGGAAGAGCUGAGACGGGAGGAAGAAGAGCUGAAACGCAAGAGACAGUCGAAGAAGCUGAGGACGCGUUAAGUGACUCACGGUGUUGGCUUUGUUCAUGUUUCUGCUCCCCUCUGCCUCCAUACAUCUCUUACUCUACUUCAGUUCCCAUUUGCUUGUUAGCGGGCAAAAGAAUAUUUAAAGGGAUUAAAGUACUGAAAAGCAAGGCUUUAGCUUGACUUAAAUAAGAUAUUUAUUUUUAAUACUUGCCAGGGUUGUUUUUUAAUGAAGAAAUUAAUGCACUAAUGCAUAUUAAAUGGAAUAAAAUGAAUAGAUGUUUCCAUUGAUUAAACCAGUUCAAGAUGCCAGCAGAAAUAUUGACUAGCUAUGCACUGACUUGGAACUGUGUGGGCCACGUACCAGUAAACCAAUUUUGCAUUCACUUGAAAGAAAGGAAUAGCGUUCUUGUUCCCUGAUAUUUCUUGAGACUUGGAGAGAUUGCUCUGUAUCCUGCCCCAUCUCCCAACCUGAGCCUCAAAGUGUUAAAAUGUCAUCUUCUGCACAGCAGUAGCUUGGGUGUAAAUUCAACCACAGCCCACAGGUGUUUAAGGCAAUAAAGUGCUGCAGAUCUUUAGAUUUGAGGACCCAUAAAAAUAAUUUGAACUUCUUUAUUUCUAAACAGAAAAGUGCAUGUCAUUUGCAAACCAUGCAGUGAUGGAUAUAGCCAAAAGAUUAUGUUGGCUUUUACUCUGUCUGGAAUUCCAGUGCCAGUCUAAUUCAGUAUGAGAAACACACACCCUGAAAACAGAAAUUUCUAGUGUUUGUAUGUAACCUGUGCUUUUGAGCUCAAGCAUAUGCUUGGGAAUUCUUCUCCUGCCCUGUAAAUUUUUAGAUUUGUUUAACAGCUACUGCUGCUUUACAAACUGUGUUUUUUCUUGCAUUAAACAUCCGAUGGUUAAAUUA